UGAUGAUAGCUUAAACAGAUACUGAUGGGACAGAUCUGCUACUUGGUAUUUUCUUCACUAGCCCUGAAGAUGCUGAGAGAGAGAUGGCUGUGAUUAUCUUUUGUAAGGCAGAAAAUGCAGUCUUUAUGGGUUUCUGGGAAUAGAAAGGUCAUGCAGUCUGGAACCUGUGAGCCUUUGCAGUCUGUAAGUCAUCAGAGAAAUGAUGAAGAAGCGGUUGUGGACAGAGGUGGAACUCGUUCUAUUCUCAAAACACACUUUGAGAAAGAAGACUUAGAAGGUCAUCGAACACUAUUUAUUGGAGUUCAUGUGCCUCUGGGAGGAAGAAAAAGCCAUCGACGUCACAGGCAUCGCGGUCAUAAACACAGAAAGAGGGACAGAGAGAGAGAUUCAGGAUUGGAGGAUGGAAGAGAGUCACCUUCUUUUGAUACCCCAUCACAGCGAGUACAGUUUAUUCUUGGAACUGAGGAUGACGAUGAGGAACACAUUCCUCAUGACCUUUUUACAGAACUGGAUGAGAUUUGCUGGCGUGAAGGUGAGGAUGCUGAGUGGCGAGAAACAGCCAGAUGGCUGAAGUUUGAAGAAGAUGUGGAGGAUGGAGGGGAGAGGUGGAGCAAGCCUUAUGUGGCCACUCUGUCCUUGCACAGCCUGUUUGAGUUGAGGAGCUGCAUUCUGAAUGGAACUGUGCUGCUGGACAUGCAUGCCAACACAUUGCAAGAAAUUGCAGAUAUGGUCCUUGACCAACAAGUGAGCUCAGGCCAGCUGAAUGAAGAUGUACGCCACAGGGUCCAUGAGGCACUGAUGAAGCAGCAUCACCACCAGAAUCAGAAAAAACUCACCAAUAGGAUCCCCAUUGUUCGCUCCUUUGCUGAUAUUGGCAAGAAGCAAUCAGAACCAAAUUCCAUGGACAAAAAUGCAGGUCAGGUUGUUUCUCCUCAGUCGGCUCCAGCCUGUGUUGAAAAUAAAAAUGAUGUUAGCAGAGAAAACAGCACAGUUGACUUUAGCAAGGGACUGGGAGGCCAGCAAAAGGGGCAUACUAGUCCAUGUGGGAUGAAACAAAGGCAUGAAAAAGGACCUCAACACCAGCAAGAGAGAGAGGUUGAUCUGCAUUUUAUGAAAAAGAUUCCACCAGGUGCUGAAGCUUCAAACAUCUUAGUUGGAGAACUGGAGUUUUUAGACCGAACUGUAGUUUCAUUUGUCAGGUUGUCUCCAGCUGUCUUGAUUCAAGGACUAGCUGAAGUGCCAAUCCCAACCAGAUUUUUGUUCAUUCUUCUGGGACCCAUGGGAAAGGGUCAACAGUACCAUGAAAUUGGCAGAUCAAUUGCAACCCUAAUGACAGAUGAGGUGUUCCAUGAUGUCGCUUACAAAGCUAAAGAUCGUAAUGACUUGGUGUCAGGGAUUGAUGAGUUUCUGGAUCAGGUCACUGUUCUCCCUCCUGGGGAGUGGGACCCCAGCAUUCGAAUAGAGCCUCCCAAGAACGUUCCUUCCCAGGAGAAGAGAAAGAUUCCUACUGUACCCAAUGGAACAGCAGCUCAUGGGGAAGCUGAACCCCACGGAGGCCAUAGUGGACCUGAGUUAGAGCGAACUGGAAGGAUUUUUGGGGGACUUAUUUUAGAUAUCAAAAGAAAAGCUCCAUUCUUCUGGAGUGACUUCAGAGAUGCUUUCAGCCUGCAGUGCUUAGCAUCUUUUCUGUUUCUCUACUGCGCGUGUAUGUCUCCCGUCAUCACCUUUGGAGGACUGCUGGGAGAAGCAACGGAAGGUCGUAUAAGUGCAAUUGAAUCUCUCUUUGGAGCAUCUAUGACUGGGAUAGCCUAUUCUCUCUUUGGUGGACAGCCUCUUACCAUAUUAGGCAGUACAGGACCAGUUUUGGUGUUUGAAAAGAUUUUGUUUAAGUUUUGCAAAGAAUAUGGGCUGUCAUACCUAUCUUUACGAGCCAGCAUUGGACUUUGGACUGCAACACUAUGUAUUAUUCUUGUGGCUACAGAUGCAAGUUCCCUUGUCUGCUACAUCACCAGGUUUACUGAAGAAGCUUUUGCUUCACUUAUUUGCAUCAUUUUUAUUUAUGAGGCCUUGGAGAAGUUGUUUGAACUCAGUGAAGCAUAUCCAAUCAACAUGCAUAAUGAUUUAGAACUGCUGACCCAAUACUCCUGUAACUGUGUGGCGCCACAUAACCCCAGCAAUGGUACCUUGAAGGAAUGGAGGGAAUCCAAUAUUUCUGCCUCUGACAUAAUUUGGGAGAAUCUAACUGUGUCAGAAUGCAAAUCCCUUCACGGAGAGUACAUUGGACGUGCCUGUGGCCACGAUCACCCCUAUGUCCCAGAUGUUCUGUUUUGGUCUGUAAUCCUGUUCUUUUCUACAGUCACAAUGUCAGCCACCCUGAAACAAUUCAAGACCAGCAGAUACUUUCCAACCAAGGUUCGAUCCAUCGUGAGUGAUUUUGCUGUCUUUCUUACAAUUUUGUGUAUGGUCUUAAUUGACUAUGCCAUUGGGAUCCCAUCACCAAAACUACAAGUACCAAGUGUUUUCAAGCCCACUAGAGAUGAUCGUGGCUGGUUUGUUACACCUUUGGGUCCAAAUCCAUGGUGGACAGUCAUAGCUGCUAUUAUUCCAGCAUUGCUUUGUACUAUUCUAAUUUUUAUGGAUCAACAGAUUACAGCUGUCAUCAUCAACAGAAAAGAACAUAAGCUAAAGAAAGGCUGUGGGUACCAUCUGGACCUGUUGAUGGUGGCCGUGAUGCUUGGGGUGUGCUCCAUCAUGGGCUUGCCCUGGUUUGUGGCUGCCACCGUCCUCUCCAUCACUCAUGUCAACAGCCUGAAGUUGGAAUCAGAAUGUUCGGCUCCAGGAGAACAGCCGAAAUUUCUUGGCAUUCGAGAACAAAGGGUUACUGGGCUUAUGAUUUUUAUUCUUAUGGGCUCAUCAGUCUUUAUGACCAGUAUCCUGAAGUUCAUCCCAAUGCCAGUGCUAUAUGGAGUGUUUCUUUAUAUGGGUGCUUCAUCUCUAAAGGGAAUUCAGUUAUUUGAUAGAAUAAAGCUCUUCUGGAUGCCUGCAAAACAUCAACCAGAUUUUAUAUAUCUAAGGCAUGUACCACUCCGAAAAGUCCAUCUCUUUACAGUCAUUCAGAUGAGUUGCCUUGGCCUUUUGUGGAUAAUAAAAGUUUCAAGAGCUGCUAUUGUUUUUCCUAUGAUGGUUUUAGCUCUGGUAUUUGUAAGAAAGUUGAUGGACUUUUUAUUCACCAAAAGAGAGCUCAGCUGGUUGGAUGAUCUAAUGCCUGAGAGUAAGAAAAAGAAACUAGAAGAUGCUGAAAAAGAAGAAGAGCAGAGUAUGCUAGCUAUGGAAGAGGAGGGCACUGUACAGCUCCCAUUAGAAGGGCACUACAGAGAUGAUCCAUCUGUGAUCAAUAUUUCUGAUGAAAUGUCAAAGACUGCCUUGUGGAAGAACCUUCUAAUUACGACUGAUAGCUCAAAAGAUAAGGAGUCCAGCUUUCCUUCUAAAAGCACUGAAAGCCGAAAAGAGAAGAAAGCUGACUCAGGGAAAGGUGUUGACAGGGAGACUUGUCUAUGACUUGAUCUUCAGUUUAUUUUUUACUUAUAUAUGAGAAGAGUGUCACAAUUAUUAAUGAAACUACUUUGAUCAUGUAUUGUAAAUUCUGUUUCUCAUCCCAAAUCCACCUUCAUAC